AUGCCUAUCGACUUCAGUCUCGGUCCGACUGAGGUGCAGAUCCGCAAGGGCGCCGCUGCUUUCGCCAAAAAUGUGCUCAAGCCGGCGCGUGCCGAGUAUGCCGUGCAUGUGGAACAGCACAAACGAUUCCAGGCAACUCAGUCCGUUUACACGACGGCGGUUGAGGCCGGAAUGAUCAAGGGGCAGCUUGCAACUGCUCUCGACGCGGUCGAGCCGAGCGCUUCUCUCACCAUAUUUGCAACGGGGCUGGGUCUAACUCCCCUGAAUCUCGUACAGAAGCCGGAGCAUCGCGAACUUCUCGCGCCGUUCCUCAGCGGCCAAGGAUCGCCGCUCGCCUCACUCGUGUUCAGCGAGCCUGGCGGGGUGGCAAACUACCUGGAAAAAGGCGCGCCGGGACUCAAUACCACGGCUUUCCGCGAAGGCGAUGAGUGGGUUAUUAACGGAGAGAAGAUCUGGGCGACGAACAGCGCGGGCUGGGACUUCAAGGGCGCGGAUCUAGCCUGCGUGGUCUGCCGCGACGUGUCCACGAGACCCGGGCCAGACGUCGCUCCAGAAGACAGCGUCAUGAUCAUCUUGGUCACACGCGCCGACCUCGACAACAGCGGCGAGGGAAGCUUCGAGGUUCUGCGCCACAUUUCGACGCCGGGCCACACGUCUGUUUCCGGGCCUCACAUCCGGUACACCAACGUCCGCGUCCCAGCGAAGAAUGUGCUCUGCGGGCCGGGAGAAGGGGCCGCGAUAGCCUCGGCUUCGUUCGAUUGCAGCGCCGUGCUUGUCGGUGCCAUGGCCGUGGGACUGAUGCGCGCCGCUUUCGACGCCGCCCUCACCUUCGCCAAGGAUGAUAGCCGGGGAGGCAAAGUGCCUCUGUUGGAACGGCAGGCUGUUGCUGACCUGCUGUCCGGUAUCAAGAUGCAGACGGAGGCGUGUCGGGCUUUGACGUGGAAAGCUGCCCAUGCCAUGGGUAACGACCAGGGCGAUUACGACGCCCGCCGCGAGCUGGCGUUGGCGGCCAAGGUUUACUGCAGUGAUGCUGCCGUGAAGGCGGUCACGGAUGCCAUCAAUGCUGUCGGAGUAACCGCCUAUGACACAGAGAAGCCCUUUGCAGAGCUCCUCAACAACGCAAUGGUCCUGCCGAUUUUCGACGGGGGCAACGUGGGUAUUCAACGGCGGCAUAUGCAGCAAUUGAUGCUCUCCCCGAGCUAUGACGCGUGGUCAUCGACGUAUGGCUCAUCCAGAGACGAUAGCUGA